ACUGCUCCCUUUCAACAACACCAACAUUCGCCGUGUUACUCGAUCAGAAAAAGAACACAAACCGAAUGAUUCGACAGUAGGCAAUGACCCUAAAGAGAAGGUUGCACUUUUCCCUCAACUGUGACCUCCACAGACGGUGAACCCUGCCACUCUGUUUGUCACAAGCUUGUCAAACCUUUGGUCGAAGGAUGCAUUGCCGCUCGCACUGCCUGAAUAUCGACUUGGCUGACGACUGAGAGCCCUGUGUGCCUUUGUCGAAAUUUGACUGAGGCUCUGUUGAGGAUAAAAGAGCCCAGCAUCCAGCUGGGUCCAGCCCAGGGUAGCUUAUCAACAUGCACCUCAAAUCAAGAGACGCCGCAGUGAAGAUGCAUUCUUUCUCCAAAGCAACGGCACUAGCCGCCGCCAGUCUCCUGACGCUUGCAUCUGCCCAAACCCGUCUUGAGAUCGCAGAACAGGCUCUCCAAAACCCAAACGCGACUCGAAACAUCACCUUCAACCCGUACCCCGAUGUCCUUCCGCUUGCUGAUCUCGAAUGGACAUGGCGGGUCAACAUAAGUGACAGCCUGACCGACCCAUUCAACAACAGGUCCGAUGACUUCACCGUCCGCACCUCGUACGACUUGACAUGGGGAGGUGCUCCUCGAAACAGCACUCUUGCGGAAGCCCUUCCCGAAUUGGGAAACAAUUCAUUCUGCACCGUUCAGUUCCUGCUGACAGACCGUGGCUGGCCAGCCAACAUCACCAACCUCUGGACUGACGAAGAUACGGAUGACACUUCCUGUGUUCCGAUUUUAGGCCCGGACUGUGUCAACUCCAUCAUCAGAAGCACAGGCUUGAACAACGGUGGACCUUGCCAGAACCCUGGUGGGACCUGGACAGAUGCACCAGAGUGUGCUGCAUCUCUCGGGUACAUGGCCGAUUCAAGACUGCUACCUGGUCGAACGUUUGUGGAUCUCAGCAAGGCAAGAUCCGGGUCAAUGUUUUUCUCCCUGCAGAGCGACGAGUACUCUGAUCUCGACAACAAGACCAUAUACGAGAACUAUCACAAUGCCAUCCACAUGAUGCUUGUCAACGCACCGGUGCAGUUGGUAAGGUCUCUCAACGGCGGCUUUCCCACUGAUGCCCCGAAGAGACUCCUGUGCAUGAGAGUCAACACCUCGCAAAGGGAAGUUGACGAUGACGAGGACGGUAAUGAUGGCGGUAAUGGUGGCGAUGGUGGUGAUGGCGGUGAUGGAGGAAAUGACAAUGAAGAAGGAAACGAAGGUGGUAAUGGAGGUGGGGGUGAUGGAGGAAAUUCUGCUGGCCGAGAUGCCGCCAACUGGUGGAUUAUGACUGGGGCUUUGUUGAUCACCGCUGUAAUUGGGGCUGCUUUGUAAAAGCAAGAGAGAUGAUGUAUGUUCUGUGUUUAGUCUCAAGCAUUCGAUGAAACUGAGUCUUUGUGCAAUACACUUUACCACUCUCUG